ACACCUAGAUCAACCCUGCGGGAGAACUUCACGGUGGUUCCGCUAGACGUCAAGAAAGACAGGACGCCACACACCAGUGCCAAAAGGCGACCAGCCGCACAAGUUGACUUACACAAACACCGAAGCUGCAGGCUGUGGCUGCAGCCAGCACAGCGGACAGACAGCCCCACAACACACGCCUCUCCACGCACCACACGCUCCGCCAAGCGCGCCUCGCCCCGCAACGCGGCGCGCAAAGGCGCCGUGCACGUGCACGAUGGACUGCCGCCGCUCCGGCACCGACGGCCCGACCGACUCCACCCUGAGCCGGGUGCCUGCUCGGCGGCGUGUGGUAGGUGCGGUGGGCGGCGGCGGGAACGGAGCCGCGGCUGGAGUGAAGGGCGAGCCGCCGCCGCCGCACCACCACCACCAGCGACGAUUGUUCGCGGCUCGCCCCCGCCGCCAGGCGCCGGAUCGGCAGUGAGGCUCGCGGCGGCGCAGCGUAGGCGCGCCUAGAGCCACACCGGCCGCCGACAGCCCCCCCCCCCCCCCUCCACACCGGCGCUCUCGCUGCCGGGCGAUGAACCCUCGCCGCCACCGCACCAGCGACACCGGCCGCGGCUCGCCUCCACUCGCCGGCUCGGAAGAGGGGCUGUCGGCGGCGCAGCAGAGCAGCUCGCCUCGGCGCUCGAGCCGCCGACAGCCCCACUCCUCGACGUGACGGCCGCUCCCGGAGCCAGCCGGUGCGCGCCCGACCCACGCCCCCUCUCUCACACCUCCGACCCCCCCUGCGCGGCGCACCUAUCCGCUGUGCGCCGGCUCGAGCGCCUAUCGCCAAAUCGCGACGUUUGAGCGCAGCGCACGCGUCCCACACGUCACGCGCGCGCAGGAGAGCUUGCGGCAGAGCAGUAGCGUGUACUCGCCGAGGGCAUCGCGCCGAAAACCCCGCGCGUUCCGCCCCAGCAGAGGCUGCAGCCGAUGUGGAAAAAACACCACUGUAAAACGGUGAGUACUUGGG